CAGGCAGAACGACAACUGAGCUGAGCGCGUGAGACAGUCAGCAAAAACACAGCGAAGCAAACUUUAUUUAAACCGGCCCAGGUAACAGCGGUGCAGCAGGAGAGGGAGGCUCGGGACAUUCAGUUCUUUCACAGAGAGGGAGGAAACCCCUCAGGAUCACUUCCCAAACACACACUGGGAGUAUUUCUCCAAACUUCUGAUAGAUUUCAUUUAAACCAGCAUGGCUGCUGCGCUGUUCAGAGCUGCAACAGGACUGAGUGUCAGACGGAUCCACGGGGAAUUAUGUAGAGUGAUGUGGACGCCACAGGCUGCUCGGUUCAGCUCCAAACCAUCAGACAGAGACCCGCCACGCAGAACACACAUCAAGAAAGCCAAGUCCCAGCCUGCAGAAGGAGCUGAUAAAGUUCUGGACAAAUUCUUCUCUGAAAGGAGGCCAGCCACAGCGCCCCCUGCUGUUGGUGAAGAGCUUUCCAAAGCUGCCGCCAUGAUAAAUACCAGCUCAGCCCAGGAUCCACAUGAAGCAGCUAACAGAGACUCUUUGGAGAAAGAAGAGGAGAAAGCCAGCAAAGCAGAAGCCAUGAUACCUGAGUCAACUUUAGCAGAAGUGAAGGCUGAUGUGGGGAGUCUUGAAGCUGACGCUCUGCAAGAAACAUGUGACUCGCUCCAGAAGGGAGCUGAGGAGCUAGCAAAAGAGUUGGAAGUGAAGAUGCCAAUAGAAGAUGUUUCUGUUUCUGAAGGUGCAACAGAGGUGGACAAUUUAACACUAGAUUCCAUCCCUGAAGCUGCGGAUACACUGGAAGCUGAAACAUCAGCAGUCCCUGAAGCUGUGAUUGGAUCUGAGCAAGGACCGAUACAGUCGUCUGACACUGAACAGGAACUGAGACUAAACGAUGGGGUGAUCAAUCAGAACAAAGUAAAAGGGGCAGCGGAGCCCGAAGGAAAUGUUUUGGAGGCCAUGUCUCUUGAGUCUGUGACCUUGGCUGAAGUUGAGGUGUCUUUGGGAACUCUGGAAAGCGAAUCUCUGAGUGAAACCUCGACUUAUCUGGAGAAAGAAGCUGCAGUUCUUGCUGUAGAGAAGAAGAUGGAGGUAGAGGAGGAAACCACUACCAAAGAGAUGACUGAGGCUACACACGCUGACCCUCUGUCUCUGCCUGAAGUCGUUUCUCUGCCUGAAGAUGUGCAGACUGAUGCACUGAUGGAGAAGCUGCUCUUUACUGUUCCUGCUAGCGUAGAGGGUGCACGAGAGAGCCCGAUUAUUGAGGAGGCUGUAACACAAAAGCAGAUAAAAGGCAGGAAGGGUUUUCAGUUUUUCUAUAAAAUUCCAAGGAAUGUGUCAACUAAAGCUCUGGGCCUACGUACUUUACACUGUCCUGUUUCUUCAGUUGUAACAGCUUCUGUUGAUAACGUGGCUGCAGAGUCAGAUCAUCCUCCAGCUCCUCCUCUUCCUCUGAAAGAGGAGCUGCUGGUACAAGAAGAGGAAGGAGCCACAGGAGAUAAAGAAGAUACAGGGACACACACAGAUUUGGAUCCUGUGCAGAGACUCUUCCUGGAGAAGAUCAGAGAAUACACUAACAUGCACAGGUCGAAUGCAGGAUUCCUGGAGGCGGAGCCAGAUUACCAAAAAAACCUGUCAGAGGAGACGGCUAAGCUCCAGAGAGUCUAUGGAGGAGGAGACCUCAGCAGCUUCCCUCAGUUCACCUUCAAUGAUCCCAAAUUGGACCAGGAGUCCAAAUGAUCUGUGAAUGGUGCCUCCAACUCUCUACACUCUUCCUCAACCUCUCCCUCUCCAUUAACUCCUCAAUUCAUCUUUAUUCCAAGGAAGAAAAAAGAGGAAGCAUAUGCAUUGAAAUCUAACGGUGUGGUUCUCUGGCUAAAAUGUGGGGAACGUGUUACUUGUGGGUGUUUGUUUUCUGUGUGAUGUCCAGUACUGACAUUUAUUAGAUUAAAAC